UUAUAUUCUCUCUGUAUCAGAAUGGAGGAGAGCCGUAUUCUGCCUGGCAGCAUGAAGGAUAACUUCUGGGAGAUGGGGGACACUGGUCCAUGUGGGCCGUGCAGUGAGAUCCACUAUGAUCGCAUUGGAGGCAGAGAUGCUGCACACCUGGUCAGCAUGAAUGACCCAAAUGUGCUUGAAAUCUGGAAUUUGGUGUUCAUCCAAUUCAACAGAGAAUCAGAGACCGUGCUAAAGCCUCUGCCCAAGAAGAGCAUCGACACAGGGAUGGGACUUGAGCGCUUGGUCUCUGUUCUACAAAACAAGAUGUCUAACUAUGACACUGACCUCUUCGUUCCUUAUUUUGAAGCCAUUCAGAAGGGCACAGGUGCAAGAGCAUACACAGGAAAGGUUGGUGCAGAAGACACCGAUGGCAUCGAUAUGGCAUACCGUGUCCUGGCUGAUCAUGCCCGCACCAUUACAAUCGCCUUGUAUGAUGGUGGCAGACCUGACAACACUGGCAGAGGCUCUCAUGUCCAUUUAAUAGUUUAUUGCUCUUUUCAGGGUGAUGCUUUUCCAGAGCUGCGGAAAGAUCCUGAUAUGGUAAAGGAUAUCAUCAAUGAGGAAGAGGCACAGUUCCUUAAAACCCUCAGCAGAGGACGCCGCAUCCUAGACCGCAAGAUCCAGAGUCUCGGAGAAAGCACAACUAUACCAGAGGGGAUGCUGUUUACUGGUGCAAGCUCCCUUCACCUCCACAUCAAAGGCGAGCAAGAGGUGGGCGACAGAGUAAAAUCGACAUCAGCGAUGCCGAAGAAAUAGUAAACCUGCCUAAAC